AAAAACCCCUUGAGGAGCAGAAGAGGCAGAGAGCAAAGGGGAAGUGUGACAGUAACUGUAGCAGGGGAACAGAGCUCUGAGGUGAAAACAACAUCAAUUGACGCGUUUUAUUUCUUAUUCUUCCAAACGGGUCUGAUCACAGGUGUGCACCAUGGCUCACGGCUGCCUCAAGUGUUUAAAGUACACCAUGUGUGUCGCCAACCUCCUGUGCUUUGUGUGUGGUGUGUCAGUGUUGAGUUUUGGUAUCUACUUGAUGGCGAAAUUCCGAGUGGUUGCCCUCAUACCAGAGUUAGCUAACUUUAACAUCGCUAAUAUGCUGAUGGUCAGUGGAAUCAUCAUCACCUGUGUCUCCUUCCUGGGAUUUCUGGGAGCUUUGAAGGAGAACCGCUGUCUGCUCAUAAUGUACUUCCUGCUGCUGUUUCUCCUGAUGGUGGUGGAGUUGACCGCAGCCUGUCUGCUGCUGGUGUCUGAUGGACAGAUUGAGUCAAAAGUUGAAGGGAGGCUUGUCACCGGUUUGGAGAAGGCCAAAACUGGAGGAGCAAAGAAUUCAACAAUACUGAAUGAGUGGGAUCUGCUCCAGAUAAACUUUGACUGCUGUGGAGUCAAGAAUGAGUCUGAUUGGGGAAACAAAAUUCCUGCAUCCUGUUGCAAGGACCAAUGUACAAUUCCCAGACCUCCAUUCAGAGAGACGGGAUGUUAUGACAAAUUGAAGAUGUGGGUGGAAGAUAAUUUUCUAGCGAUAGGAAUCUCUGUCAUUGCCCUCUGUGUCAUUGAGGUGUUGGGAAUGUGCUUUGCUAUGACGCUCUACUGCCACAUCAGCAAAUCAGGACUGGGAUACAAGUUGUAGACAAAAAGAUGACGUCUGCUUAUAAGACAAAGGAAUCGAACAAAGGAAGUUACAUCAUUUGUGGUUUCCUCGCACUGUCAACCUCUGAGAUGUCUUUGUAAUUAAUCACUCUUUUAUUGCAUUUACAACCUACGUUAUUUUUAUCUGUAGUGUAUAAAUAUACAACACAUGCUAUAUAUUAGAACAGUGAUUCCCAACCACUGUGCCGUGGCACACUAGUGUGCCGUGAGAGAUCAAUAGAUGUACCAUGGAAAAUAAUCAGAUUUCAAUUGUUUUUUUGUUUCUCAAUGCGUGACAAGAAGAACAACAAAUUACUCUUCACUUGUUGGCAGUAGAUGUCUAUGAAAACUAAAAAAAAAACAUAAUCAGAGCUGUUUAGGAUCUUUGUGAGUGUCUUUCUUCAAUUCCUGCCAGUAUAUUAACUUUGUCUUUAACUAAACAGGUUGAGAUUUUAUUCAAUUAUGAGGUCAUUUUAACUAGAAGAUUAUUAUAUUUCAUUAUAUAUAUUUUUUGUUCGAUUUUUGUUUGGUGGUGUGCUGUGGGGUUUGCCCUGAUGAUAUAUAUGUACCGUGGCUCAAAAAAGGUUGGGAAACACUGGUUUAAAACAUUCAGCCCUUAAUACUCCCGUGUUCUCGCAUACGCUUCUAUUUUGAAACUGCUCUAAUAAAGACUGUUCUGCACAGUUGUUUUUAAUCUCA